AUGGCUUUUCAUAAUCUACAAUCUAUGAUAAAUUGGAUGAAGACAUCAGAUACAGCCCAUUGGAUAGACACAUCAGAGUCAACCACUGACUGUCCACCUGGAUUGGAAUAUUUGGCUGAGGUAAAUCAGUUGACAGUGUGUCAUCGUUUUGAUAUGGAAGUCCUCUGUUAUUUGGAAGCUAAUAAAACAUACGAGGUCAUGAAUAAUCAAGGACAUAGAAUUUAUGUUGUAGAAGAGCAAAGUAAUUGGUUCCUGCGAUACCUCUGUGGAUUGGCCAGGCCGUUUACCAUGACGAUUUAUGAUAACACAGGUCAAGUAGUGAUCACUGUGCAUAAAGGUCUAGGAGGCAGCUGCUGUUGCUGCAUUCGCUGCCACAGCUGCUGCCCACAGAAGUUAAUAGUUGAAGCUCCACCUGGGAAAACAAUUGGGUAUGUUCAUCAAAAGUUUCACCCUAUUUGGCCAAGUUUAAAAAUAAAAAAUCAGAAAAAGGAGGAUGUAAUGAAAAUCAAAGGACCAUGUUUGGUUUCUGGAUGUCUCAGGAAUCUAAAUUUUAAUAUAUUGUCUGUGGGUGAUGAAAGAGUUAUUGGAAAUAUUUCAAAACUUUGCCCUGGAUUUGUGAAAGGAUUGUUAUCAGAUGCUGAUUCAUUUAAAAUCCAGUUUCCAUAUGAUCUUGAUGUUAAAAUCAAAGCACUGAUGCUUGGAGCAAAGAUCCUUUUAACGUUUACCUCACCUGACUUUCCUACAGCAUUUGGCAUUGUUGACAACUUCUUCCUGAGCUCUGUCAUUGAUGCUGUGGUCAGGACCUGA